AUGACCAACCCAUUGUUUAUCAUUUUGAAUGAUUCUGAUGAAAUAAGAUCGCAAUUGGUAGCUACAGUAUUUAUACAAUCAGUAGAUGUAUCUCAUGGCACUUGGUUGAUUUUUGCUGAAAAAGAAAUUAAUAUUAAUAAAUUAUUUAAAAAUUUUUACAUACCAGUCAACUGCAAAUUUAUGGUAUCAAAAAAGCAUAUCAAUAAAACAAAUAGUGAAUUGAUAACAGAAGCCUACUAUCUUGGAAAUUCUCCAGGGUUGAAAUUGCAAGCAUUUGGAAUUUGGGAUUCAUCAGAUGGGCUGAUACCACAAAAAUUAUCUUUUUUCCAACGAAGAAAAAAUUUACAAGGACUCAAGCUACGCGCCGUCGCGGCAACUUCGAUCAUGUUUGAAACAUCAAAUAGUAUUUUCAGCUAUUGUGAAAAUAGUUCUAAUUGUAGUGGUGUUAUAGCUUUAUUUGUUAAUAAAAGUGCUGAUAUUAGUAUCACACCAAUGUUUAUGGGCCAACAGAGGUUGAAAUUGAUUGAUAGUACUAUGCCUUUUACUUCAGCUAGUAGUAUUCUAUAUUUUUUUAUGGAGAUGGUAUGUGAUGCAGAUGAUAAAUUAAAAUCAUGGACACGAUUGAAACCAAAACCUUCAGGUUUUCUUCAUUGUGUUUUCAAAAUCUUUGGACUUAUAUGUGAAUCAGGAACAUCAAGUUCCACAUCAAUUCGUAUCGUUCAAGUUACCAUACAAAUAGCAUCAGUUCUAUUUUUGACAGCUUAUUCAGCUCAACUUAUUCAAAGUCUAACAAACGGUUCCAAUAUUAAUAUUCCUUUCAAUUCUGUAAAUGAUUUUCUAAAGGAUAAAACUUAUAGAUUAGCUUUGCCUUCUCACUCUAGUCGUGUCUAUGAUUUUUCGAACUCUCCGAUUAAAUUAGAAACACAAAUGGCUAAAAAAAUAUUAAAGGAAAUGAAAUCUUUGCCGCAAUCUGAAGUCAAAGGAUUCCAAAAUCUAUGUAAUAUAAAUAAAUAUGCAUUAUUAUCGUACAGAACAAUAUUACGAAGAUAUAAUCCUCCAGAAGGAUGUAUAAUUACAACUGUCGCUACGGUACUGAGGGAUUUUUAUGUCAUGGGCUUACAAAAAAAAAGUCCAUUGAAGGAAAUACUGAAUAUUCAAAUUGAAGUUCUUAGAAAUCAACGGAGACAAAUUGAAGAAAUAUUGGAUACCAGUGGAGCUAUUUCACAACUGCUUUGUGCUCCAAUAAUUAUCAUGGAUGAUAGUAAUAAGGAUCAUUCUACAAAAUGCAACGAAAUCAAGAGAGUUCAAGGUGAAGUUGAACAUGUUGAUAUGAAAGUGGAAGAAAUUCAUUCAGAUGGUUAUUAG